GGCAGCAGCGGCGGCGGCGGCGGCAGCUGGGUUGGGCUGGUGGGUGGGCGCUGAGGCGGCCAGGCAGGCAGGGGCGGGAAGCGGCGGGAGCCGGCCCGGGGACGCUAACAUUCGCUUCCCCGCCCUCCCGGUCCCCUCAGCCACCGGGGGACUACCGGCCUAACCGCCCACCGGGCCGUGAGGAGCCGCGCGCGCGGUCUUCCUUGCCGGCGCCGCCAGGGGGCGCCCGCCACAGGGGCUCGGGGGAAACCUUCCCCCGGCUCUUGGGGCCGGGGCCGGGGCUGGGCCGGGCUUGGCCCGGCGGGGGCCGUGUCUGGGGCACCUGCGACCCCCCUUCCCCGGCCUCGGGGCUCGCAGGUGGGCGCGGGGAGCGGGUCUCCUCCUUCCUCCCCGGGCAGGGGUCGCGAGGGCGCGUGGCCAUGACGGGCAAGUCGGUGAGGGACGUGGAUCGCUACCAGGCUGUGCUGGCUAGCCUGCUGCUGGAGGAGGAGAACAAGUUCUGUGCGGACUGCCAGGCCAAAGGACCACGAUGGGCCUCCUGGAACAUUGGUGUAUUCAUCUGUAUCCGAUGUGCAGGAAUUCACAGGAACCUCGGUGUGCACAUUUCCAGGGUGAAGUCAGUCAACCUAGACCAGUGGACACAAGAGCAGAUUCAGUGCAUGCAAGAGAUGGGGAAUGGGAAGGCCAACCGACUGUAUGAGGCCUACCUACCUGAAAACUUCCGGCGACCUCAAACAGACCCAGCUGUAGAAGGAUUUAUCAGAGAUAAAUACGAGAAGAAGAAGUACAUGGACCGAAGCCUGGACAUCAAUGCAUUUAGGAAAGAAAAAGAUGACAAGUGGAAAAAGAGCACUGAGCCAACUCAAGAGAAGAAAGUGGAGCCUGUGAUUUUUGAGAAAGUCAAGAUGCCUCAGAAGAAGGAAGAUCUGCAGCUACCUCGAAAAAGCUCCCCCAAAGCAAUUGAGCCUGUAAUGGACUUGCUGGGUCUUGAUGCUCCUGUGGCCUCCUACAGCAUUGCAAACAGCAAGACCAGUAACACUCUAGAAAAGGAUCUAGAUCUCUUGGCCUCAGUUCCAUCAUCUUCUCUCUCGGACUCCAGAAAAGUUGUAGGAUCCAUGCCAACUGCAGGGAAUGCCAGCUCUGUUCCUGAAAAUCUGAACCUGUUUCCUGAACCAGGGAGCAAAGCAGAAGAUUCAGGCAAGAAACAGCUCUCUAAAGACUCCAUCCUCUCACUUUAUGGAUCACAAACUCCUCAGAUGCCUGCUCAAGCGAUGUUCAUGGCUCCAGCUCAAAUGGCCUAUCCUGCAGCCUACCCCAGUUUUCCUGGUGUCCCUCCUACUGGAACCAUGAUGGGGGGGAUGAUGCCCCCUCCAGUGGGCAUGCUGGCCCAACCUGCAGCUGCUGGGAUGGUGGCCCCUGUAGCCAUUCCACCAGGCUACGUAGGCGGUGUGCAAGCUGCAGUGAUGGGCGUCCCCAAUGGCAUGAUGGCUGCCCAGCAGGCUGGCUACGUCACAGGCAUGGCGGCCAUGCCCCAAACAAUGUAUGGAAUCCCACCAGCACAGCAACUGCAAUGGAACUUGGCUCAGAUGACCCAGCAGAUGGCUGGAAUGAACUUCUACGGCACCAAUGGCAUGAUGAGCUACGGACAGUCGAUGGGCGGUGGGAAUGGCCAGGCAGCCAAUCAGACGCUCAGUACUCAGAUGUGGAAAUAAAAGCGGAGCACCUGCAUUGUUACCACUGUUCCCCAAACCUCCCUCUUCUCCCUUCUCCCUGCUUUCCUCUCUACCUCUUCCUGUUUUGUUCGGAAGUUAUUCUAGGAGACAUACAGGGUUUGGCCUCCCCUAUAGCCUGUUCACUUCCCCUGCCCUGCCCUGUCCCCUGUACUUGGGAUCUGCUUUCUGCUGUCAGUGCCCCAUGUCAAUGCCCGUGUCUUGGUGCGUAAUCUUCCUCAAAGGGGCAGCAGAGCGCACUCUAGCACCAUGGGAUUGCACACUCCCAGAACCCUUUUCCUUACGGAGGGGAGGCAUCUGCCCCCAUAGCCUCUGAGAGAGGAUACCAGGAGAGAGGGUUAGGAGCCCCUCCGUAUUUAUCCAUAAAGUCUUUUUGUUUUUAAGUUUGCUUUUUGGGGGAGGGAGGGGAUUGAGGAGUGCUGGGUAGGAAAGAGGAUUGUAAUCAAACUCCAAUCAUGGGUCUUUGUGAAGGGGCUUACCAGGCUCAAGCUGAGCCAAAGCCCUUCUGAGGGAGGGAGAGCCAGGGUCAUUUUGCUCUGUCCCAAGCAGCCCUCUAGGGCUUUAGUCCUUGUCAUUGGCACCCAAGUCACCAUGAGGCUCUGCUGCCUGGAGAACAGGCUGCAUGCACACAUGGUGAGAAUGGGAAGUGUGCCCUUCUUAUGAAUGGCUUUUUAUUUUCCCAUCCAAACUGGAGGGGUGGGGGGUUGGUUGGUUUAAAAAAAAAUUUUAGAUUAACAAACUAACAGAGUUAAUUUAUCAGCAGCAAAGAGCUAUUUGCCAGUUUUUUUCUUACAGUUUUAAAAACGUGUUAUCUGCUAUCCUAAUCAAUGCCUCCCUCCUUUCCUCUCCCUGCCCUGCCGUCCUCUCUGUUCUGGGGUAACCCUGGCACCUCUGUUUCUUGCAUAGUUUACACUGUGCAUGAAGUCAAGACCCCCCAGGCAGCUUUCCUGUCAAUCACCAUUCACCUCACUAGAAAAUCAAAACAAAAAAAUUUUGCUUAAAAGAUUUCAUUUGCGUGAACCAAAAUUUUCAGUUGACUUUCUCCUGUGUAUAUGUAAAUUCCUUAAUAAAUAUUGCAGUGAGAUGCUG